UUGGUCAAAACAUUCAAAAAGGCGCUGAAUUUCGAUAUUUAUUUAUUUACUUUAACUUUUUAUUUUACAAAAAUCAAAAAUGUCUGAAGAAGAAAAUUACACGGAGCUAGAUAUGUCCGACGUCGUAGAUGACACUGACCAAUACCUCGAGAAUGAUUACCAAUCAACGGAUAUUGGUGAAUCGGAGUUGUCGACAAUCCACGAGCCAGAAAUAUUGAAUUCCGAAGACCAAGUUUCGGAAAAGAAGUUAGAUAAACAAAGUGUUAGUAAACCAGAAGUUUUAAGAACUACUAAACUUCCAAUGGCGAGGAUUAAAAGUAUCAUGAAAAUGGACCCAGAUGUCAGUGUGGUGAACGCUGAAGCUGUUUUCUUAGUUGCGAAGGCUACUGAGCUGUUUCUAGAGACCAUUGCCAAAGAGACCUACGCAUUCACAGCGCAGCACAAGAGGAAAACAAUAGCCAAGAAAGAUUUAGAUGUUGUCAUCAAUAAGGUGGACUGCCUGUGCUUCCUGGAAGGUGCUAUGGACUUUUAGGUAUUCAAAAUACAAUUUGUUGAAAUAAUAAAGAAGUGUUGAUGAGAAUUUAAAAGCAUACAUGAACUCCAAUUCACAGCAAAGGGUUAAUAUAUGUGACUACUUCUGAAUUAACAUAAUUUUUUCAGUGCAAAUGCAGGAAAGGUUUUAAAUAAGAAUUAGAUCUUUUUACUUUUGAAAAUAUGAUAAGUGCCUAGACCCAGACACUAUACUUGGCUAAAUGGUACUAAAACUUAUAAAAGUCUGUAUUGUAAAUCUUUGUCAAAGCCUGUAAGUACCUGCAAAGAUAUUUUGUAAAUAAAACAAAAAUUUGUUAUUAUUAAAUAUAAAAUCUUUAUUGAUAAUUUUGUUUUAAUUAUUACAACUAUUUAAAUUAGUUCAACCAUGACUUGUUUCCAUUAUAAAUGGAAAUAUCUAACUGCUAGACUCACGUGAUUAGUCGGAGUAUGCCUGACUAGUUCGAACCCAUUACGGGUUACCAAGUUGUUUAAAUCCUAUUAGGCCCUUUUUAGGGUUCCGCACCUCAAAA